AAAGUUACCAAACCAUGCAUGUACUCAUAAAAAUUUUUAUUGCGAAACCUUAGCCUCCUCACACAAACAUAAUGAAUAGUGCUCACUAGUCUACAAAUAUCAAUAGUGUGCAUUCUGCAAACACUGCAACUCUGCACCACAAAAAAAAAAAGGCAUACAGAAAAUAGAGGAUGUAUACCAAAGAAGUACCUAAAAAGCCUCAUGCUGUUUGUAUUCCAGUUCCAGCUCAAGGCCAUAUCAAGGCCAUGCUUAAAUUCUCAAAGCUCCUCCACCACAGAGGUUUUCAUAUCACCUUUGUCAACACAGUGUUCAUCCACAAGCGCUUUCUUAGAUCUAUUGGCCCCAACUCCCUUGACGGCUUGCCUGAUUUUCGGUUUGAAGCCAUCCCAGAUGGCCUUCCUGAUUCAGAUGAAGAUAGCACCCAAGAUGUCACCUUGCUCGCUGACUCUGUCAGAAAACAGAAUUUCUUGGCUCCCUUUCGUGCCCUCCUCAAAAAACUCGACAAUGAUGCCAUAUCAACAACCAACAAUCCUCCAGUGACUUGCAUAAUUUCAGAUGGUUCCAUGUCCAUAUUCACAAUAACAGCUGCUGAAGAAAUUGGAGUCCCUAUAGUACUGUUUUACACUAUUGCUGCAUGCAGCUUCAUGGGCUGUUUACAAUUUCGUUCUUUGGUCGAAAAAGGACUUGUACCACUCAAAGAUGAGAGUUGUUUGACAAAUGGCUAUUUGGACAAGGUUAUCGAUUGGAUUCCAGGAGUGAAGGAUAUCCGUUUGAAGGAUCUCCCAACCUUCCUUCGAACCACAAAUCCUGAGGACAUAUUUUUCAACUUCGUGAUGGAAUCAACAGAUAGAGCGCAUGAAGCUUCAGCAGUUAUUCUUCAUACUUUUGAUGCCUUGGAGCGAGAUGUUUUGGAUGCUCUCUCAUCUAUGCUUCCACGGGUUUAUACCAUUGGCCCUCUUCAAUUACAUCUCAAUCAGAUACCUGAACACCACUUGAAUAUUGGAUACAGUCUAUGGAAAGAAGAUACUGAAUGCCUCGAGUGGCUAAACAGUAAGGCGCCAAAUUCAGUUGUGUAUGUGAAUUUUGGCAGUAUAGCGGUCAUGACACCUGAACAUCUAGUCGAGUUUGCAUGGGGACUAGCAAACAGCAAGCUGCCUUUCUUCUGGGUAAUUAGACCCGAUUUGGUGAUUGGUGAAUCAGCGAUUUUGCCACCUGCGUAUGUGGCUGAAACAAAACAAAGAAGUUUAAUAGCAAAUUGGUGCCCACAAGAGCUUGUCCUUAACCAUCCAUCAGUUGGAGGAUUUUUAACACACAGCGGUUGGAAUUCAACUAUUGAGAGCCUGACUGCAGGAGUGCCUAUGCUCUGUUGGCCAUUCUUUGCCGACCAGCAAAUGGACUGCCGCUAUACUUGCAAGGAAUGGGGCAUUGGCUUGGAAAUCAAUAAUGAUGUGAAGAGGGACGAAGUAGAGAGGCUUGUUAUAGAGUUAGUGGAGGGGGAGAAGGCUAAGAAGAUGAAAAAUAAGGUGAUGGAGUGGAAGAAACUUGCAGAAGAAGCUACUAGUCCUCACGGUUCUUCAUCCAAGAACUUCGACAAUUUAGUGAAUUGUGUGCUAUUAAGGAAAAGCUAGAUAUCACCUUUAACAAUAUUGUUAUUGAUGAUUUUUGUAAUUUUGUUCGUGCUUCUUAAGGUUUUUUUUUUUUAAUUGUUGGCCGUAGCCUCAAAUGAUAAUCAUCUGGCUAGGAAGAUGUGAGAAAUUGCAUGUACUGCAUUCCUAGAUGUUUUUUGGUUCAAUAAACUAGUAAUAUGUGUAGCGUGCGACCACCA